AUGUGUAUCUUGUUUGUUUACACGGACCCGACGCCCCCCAAAGGGGGCUACCGCCUGAUCGUGGCCUCGAACCGCGACGAGUACUACAAGCGGCCCGCGAGACAGGCCUUCAAGUGCCCCCACACGAACAUAAUUGGAGGCCGCGACAUGGAGCCGGGCCGCGAGGGCGGCAUGUGGCUCGGAGUGUCUCUCAAGCCGCAAAUGAUCAAGUUUGGGGCCCUGCUUAACGUGACCGGAGCCCCCAAACGGGAGGCGCAGGCCGGGCGGGGGCCCCUUGUCUAUAACUACCUCGCAGGCGGGGAACCCGCCCCCGAAUAUAUCACGAAACUGGUGCCCGAACAAUACAGUGCGUUUAAUUUAUUCAUGGUGGAAGUCUCGAACGAAAUCACCUGUUACCACCACAGUAACUCCCCUGAAGACACUCUCACGUACACUGGACGCCAGGUCCUAGCCUUCGGGAACAGUACCCCACAAUCACCGUUCACCAAAGUCAAAAAAGGGGGGCAAAAGUUCGAGGAGAUUAUCACGAAUUAUGGGGGCUCCCGGGCACGUCUUGUCCAGGAACUGAUCAAUUUGUUGAAGUGUGAAGAGUUGCACUUGCCGGAUCCUGAAUUGGAGGCAAGGGCCCCUUUCGGGGUCGGUUUUUUGAGCUCGAUUUACGUCCGGAUGGAGGAAGGGGGCUACGGGACGCGCACCCACUCUGUUAUUCUAGUCGAUGAUGGGGGCAAUGUCGAGUUUGUGGAACACACGAUGAAGGAACCGAUUAAUCCAAAGGAGCCCCAAUGGGACGUCACAACAAUCAAGGCUAAAUUUUGAGGUUAGCUGUCACAUGGCUGUCACUGGAGCGGCAGUGAUACCAAUUGGUUUUAAUAUCGCCAAAAAUAAAAAACUAUUCUCGAA